AGAAGAAGAAAGUAAAGUAGAAAAAAGAAGUUCAUCUUCCUCACCAAACUGUUUGUCUAGUUGUCUGUGUCUUCUUCUUCUUCUCUCUCCUCUCGUGAAAAAGGAACCACAUUUCUCUCUAAAACUUUCUGGGUUUUUCCUUAUUAGUUGAUUUGUGGAUCGUGUCUGCCAGAUCCUACCUGAUUUUUAGUCAGAGAGAGAGGAGAGAGAAAGAGAGAGAAAGGAACCAGCUUUCUCUCUCUAAAAGUUCUGAUUUUUUUAGAUCAGAGAGGAGAGAGAGAUGGGAGGUUGCGUGUCAACGCCUAAGAGCUGCGUAGGAGGGAGAGUAAGGUCAAGCAAGAGGAGAAAGAAUCGGACAAGACGAAAGAUUCAUAAGAAGAGAGUUGUGUCUUCUUCUUCUCGCUUAUCUGACGGAUCUUUCGACAUUCGCCUUCCUUCCUUCACCAAUCCCACCUUCCAAGCAAGCGCUGAUGAAGCAUGGUUUGAUUCCAACCUCGCCUUUGAAACAGACUGUGAUGAUGAUUUUCACAGCGUUGAAGAUGUGUUGUCAGUGAAGGAAGCUGAGCGUAUCUCAGUAUCAAGCAUGUCAUCCGUGAAAGACUCUUCUAUCCUCGGAGGCUCCGCUAGGAACUCACUAAGCGUAGACGAAUCCGCCAUCAUCUCACAGUCGAAAUCAGAGAGUGCUUUGACCGACACCAAGCAGCCUGUUUACAUAGACGAGAUAACUUCAAACGCUGGCGAUAACAGCUCGAGGAAAGACGAAGGAGGGUUGUUGGAAAGCUGUGGGAUUCUCCCCAGCAACUGUUUGCCUUGUCUUAACUCGACCGUUCCUUCUAUCGAAAAGAGAAGGUCUCUAAGCUCUAGUCCUCCCGGUACGAGGAAGAAAGCUGCGCUUAAACUGUCUUUCAAGUGGAGAGAAGGACACGCUACUGGUCCUUUGUUUUCUACCAAAAUGCAGUUGCAGAGACCUGUCGCGGGGACUCAGGUUCCUUUCUGUCCGCUCGAGAAGAAGAUGUUGGAUUGUUGGUCUAUCAUUGAGCCGAGUAGCUUCCGUGUUCGUAGCAAAACUUAUUUCAGAGAAAAGAAGAAAGAGUUUGCACAAAACUAUGCUGCAUAUAAUCCAUUUGGUGUUGAUGUGUUUUUAUCACAACGUAAAGUAAACCAUAUAGCGCAAUACGUGGAGCUUCCUGUUGUUAAUACAGCCCCGACCAAGCUCCCAUCUAUACUCGUUGUAAAUGUUCAGAUUCCUUUGUAUCCAGCUGCAAUCUUCCAAGGUGAAACUGAUGGAGAAGGGAUGAACUUUGUUUUAUACUUUAAACUUUCUGAUAAUUAUUUAAAAGAGCUUCCACCUCAUUUUAUAGAAAGCAUUCAGAGAUUGAUAGAUGAUGAGGUUGAGAAAGUUAAAGGUUUUGCUAUGGAUGCAAAUGUGCCGUUCAGAGAACGGUUAAAGAUACUGGGGCGUGUUGCAAACGUAGAGGAUCUUCAGUUGAAUGGUGCAGAGAAGAAGCUCAUGAAUGCUUAUAACGAGAAACCUGUGCUUUCUCGUCCACAACAUGAGUUUUAUUUGGGUGAGAAUUACUUUGAGAUUGAUAUUGAUAUGCAUAGAUUCAGCUACAUAUCGAGGAAAGGGUUUGAAGCAUUUUUAGAUAGGCUCAAGAACUGUGUUCUUGAUGUUGGACUCACUAUUCAGGGGAAUAAACCGGAGGAGUUACCGGAGCAGAUUCUGUGUUGCGUCCGGUUAAAUGGGAUUGAUUACAUGAAUUAUCAUCAGUUAGCUCUUGGGCAAGAAUUUAAUGAUGAACAUAAAGAUUAACUUUUUUAAUUGUAUUUUUUCUACAUUUUUUGUCCCUUAAGAACUCAAAGAUCUAAUAGCUUUUUUUUUCUUUUUGAAGUAAAAACCCAAUAAAGAAAAAAAAAUUGUGGCCA